ACUUGCUGGUCCCCAGCAUGGCGGCGGCCUGCCCCUCCAGGCCGGCUGCGCAGGAGACGGUGGCCGCCCAGCUCCUGGGUGUCCUGUGGUUCGUGUCAGUCACCACGGGACCUUGGGGAGCUGCUGCCAUCGCCGCCGCUGGCGGGGAGGAGACGCUUAAGUGCGAGGACUUAACUAUUCUCACAUAUAUUUGUAAAGAUCCAAAAAUAAAUGAUGCUACACAAGAACCAGUUAACUGUACAAAUUAUACGGCUCAUGUUCCUUGUUUUCCAGCACCCAACAUAACUUGUAAGGAUUUCAGUGGCAAUGAAACACAUUUUACUGGGAACGAAGUUGGUUUUCUCAAGCCUAUAUCUUGCCGAAAUGUAAAUGGCUAUUCAUACAAAGUGGCAGUUGCACUAUCUCUUUUUCUUGGAUGGUUGGGAGCCGAUCGGUUUUACCUUGGAUACCCUGCCUUGGGUUUGUUAAAGUUUUGCACUGUCGGAUUUUGUGGAAUUGGGAGCCUAAUUGAUUUCAUUCUUAUUUCAAUGCAGAUUGUUGGACCUUCAGAUGGAAGUAGUUACAUUAUAGAUUAUUAUGGAACCAGACUUACAAGACUGAGUAUUACGAACGAGACGUUUAGAAAAACACAGCUAUAUCCAUAAGUAUUUUUUAAAAGAAACAGAUUUGGGCUUCCUUGAUUUUAACAGAGCGCUCUCAGUAUGUGGGUUUCCAGAUUUUCCUUUCUCUUCACACAUCACUUUAUGGAUUCUAUAUAACUUUGUAUUAUUGUUGAUAUUUUGUUUUGUUGUUUUACUUAAAAGCAUGUUAUUCUGAGAUUUAUUUAAUUGGACUUUCUUUGAGAGGUGUAUGAUAAUAGAGUCUUUCUCUGGCUACUGUCUCUAUGAGAUAAAUAGCUUAUUACCCCGAUAUUCCUUAAAGUCUUUCCUGAUGGC